AUGGAGAUCACCGACUUCAUCUUCAAAGAGCGAGAGGAGGUUCUCCUCGCUGGAGACUACAAUGCCUACCGAGCCCACACAACCCGCAAAUUGCACAAACUCCGCAAGAAGUUGGGACAGACUACCCCCAAAGGUCGCAAAUACACCGCGAAAGCCCCCGUCAGUGCCGAGGACGUCAGCAACAAUGUCGCAUUCGUCUAUACUCUCAUCCUGAGCUCCGAGCGUGCUUGGGCGCAAGCCAUGCAGAUGAAAUCGGCACAUUCGGCAGACCCAUCCGGCAAAGGCAUCGUCGGGGCCGUGAGAAGCCACAUUAUCUCGCGACUCACUAAGGCAUCUGGCUAUGCGAACCAAUUGGUCCUUCUCCUGCAAGAUCAAACCACCGGAGCCACCCCCACCGAUCUUCUUGAAGCCCGUGCGUACCAUGCCUCCCUCAUGGGAGCGCUUUACUUGGAGAGGCGGAAGUGGGAACAGUGUAUCCAGAGCAACUCGACUGCCAGAGUCAUCUAUGCGGCAUUGGGACAGAAGGACAAGAAGGAUGCGUACCGAGACCUCCUCUCGGGAACGGUUGACCCCAGUCUGAGAUAUGCGGCAUACCAGAUGAAACUUCCACGGUCAAAACCCCUUCCGUCCUUGGCGGUCAGCUACUUCCCGUCCGACGCCGAAGUCAGGUCGGAAGUUGAGAAAUUGGAUCCCAAUUGCUUGCAGGAGGACGCCGCGGGGACGGGAAGAACUGCCGAGGGAGAGGUGCAACAGCUGCCUGAGACCAUCACCUGGAGAUCUAGAACAGUUCCUCUGGAAGACGCAGCGAUCUCUCAGGCCCUGGCGUCUGCGGCGGCGGCUGAAUCUCGUCUUUCGUCAUGGCUCGCGGAUCCGGCUGGAAAGUCUGCUUCAUCGAAGGACAAGGCGGCCGCAUACGAUAAUGUCAUCAUUGCCAGUCAGGAUGCAGUAGAUGCCACGAAGACUGCCAUUGACGACCUUGCCAGCGAGGGCGUUGACCCUGGAGACAGGAGAAUGCAGAGCCUUCAGAUUACCCGGACCGCGGUCAAUUAUGCUUUGGUGGGAUGGCGCAUUGGCCGUAACCGUGUGCUGUGUGGUGACAGUGACGGUGUGACCUUUGAAACUGAUCAGGCCAAGACGCCUAAAGGCGGCAAGGCAUCCGGCAAGCGUGAGGAAGCAACCGGUAAAAAGCUGGCCCGGUUGCGUGAAAGGGUUGUGCUGUAUGACUCGACCUUGCAAAGUAUCGAGUUCAUCUUGGAGCUUCCUGGUGUGGCCGCAGAUAGUGAAUUCGUCGGGGAGCUCGAAGCCAAGCGUUCCUAUUUCCGUGCCCUGAGAUGUCUUACGAUUGGAAGAUCACACGGCAUUCUGGGGAAGUCUAAGAAUGCUCUUGCGUUGUUUGCUCAAGGUCUAGCGCUCACUUCCCGGUCUGCGAAUUCGGUUCCAUCAACGACCGAUGUGGACGGGCCGCCUCGGUUGGAUCUGUCCCGCGACCAAGUCCAGAACCUGGAGUCCACUCUGCGCUCCGUGGUCGCACAGUACCGCGGAAUUGUUACGUUGGAGGAGCUCUCGGCUGAGCAGCGGUCAGGAUCGGCCAACCAGCGCCCGAUGGUUGAGAGGCUGCAUGAAUAUGCCGGGGACACCUUGGAUCUCAACAAUCUGGUGCCGUACCCGCCUCAGAUGCAGCCGGUUCCCGUGAAGCCCCUGUUUCUCGAUGUGGCGUGGAAUUAUAUCGACUAUCCUCGGGAGGCGGCGACCGGUUCUGGACAGAGCCAAGCCACUGCGCAACCUGCGGCGGAAGAACCGAAGAGCACCCGACGGGGUUGGUUUGGCUUCGGGCGGUGA